UGAAACGAAGGUCGACCUUUACGUCUAAGUCUUAGGAAAACGAUGUUGACAACAGCGACGAAGUGAAUUUUGUUUUGAAAUGAUGUUGUUUUAUUUCUUUGUAAUCGACUAAUCUCAAACAAUGGAUUUGCAUAUUAUCGUGUGUGGCUUCUUCAUUUUUUUACAAAUAGCAGUCUCUCAUGCAAAAGUAACUGUGCAACUACAAAAUCACACAAUUGGACAUUUCAAAGAUAAAGAGGGUGAAUUUGGGUAUGACUAUAUUGGAACAUUUACGGGAGUGGUAUAUCUCUCAAAACCUCUAGAUGCUUGUCGUAAUGUAGUUCCUCCUAGUCCACGUUCAGUGGGACCAAAUAAAUUCCUCCUUGCUGAUGAUGGAGGAUGUGAUCAUUUUAGCAAACUAUUGAAUGCAAAGUAUGCUGGCUACAAUGCUAUAAUUGUGAGAAAUAAGUAUUCAAAUAACUUGAAAACCAUGAAAGGCGAUCGCAUUGCUAUACUUGGCAUAUAUGUGGGCCAGCAUACUGGUGACAUUCUGGCAAAGUUUAAUGUUUCAACUGGUGCUGUGGCUAACAUUCAUCUGGAAAUGAAGUUUAAUUUAGAAAUAUAUCUUAUACCACUGUUGAUUAUCGUUGGAAUCUGUUUCACAAUCAUGAUUAUGUUCAUGGGAGUUAAGUAUUGGCGUACGAGAGUACACGAGCGCAGAAAUCGUUUAUCCCCUGCAAAUUUGAAGAAAAUACCGACGAAAAAAUUUAGAGAAGGAGACGAAUAUGAUCUCUGUGCGAUAUGUUUAGAAGAUUUCAAGGUGGGAGACAAAUUGCGUGUGCUUCCUUGCAAUCAUGCGUACCAUUGCAAGUGCGUCGAUCCUUGGCUAACUAAUGGUAAAAAAACAUGUCCAACUUGCAAACAACCGGUAGAGAAAGACGAAUGCAAAGAGGGUCCUUCAACGGGCCUUGGUGUUGACGUUAAUGAGAGAACACCUUUACUCACUACAUCUACCACCACUACUACUGAGACUACUCAAAACUACACAGCAUCUGUCGAACUUGCGUAAUUCGUCGAUUACAAUUUUUCAUAUAAGAAAAUAUCGUGGAAAAUAGAUGUUUUUGAGCCGUAUAAUCCGGGUUGUGUGUCAUCCGUAUAGGUUGUAUAAUUUAUCUAUGAAAUGUAAUUAAAUGAAUCUUUUCAUCACGAUCAAUGUAGGAUAUAAUAUAACAUUUGCAUUGUACUUUAGUCACUAUUGAAAGAAUUUUUACUCAAUUCA